AUGUGCAGUGCCUUCCAUCCAUCACCCGUCCGUCAAGCCAUCCAUUACUCUUCCGUCAACCCACCCAUCAACCGUCCAUCACCCGUCCGUCAACCCGUCCAUCAACCGUCCAUCACCCGUCCGUCAACCCGUCCAUCAACCGUCCAUCAACCGUCCAUCACCCGUCCAUCAACCGUCCAUCACCCGUCCGUCAACCCGUCCAUCAACCGUCCAUCACCCGUCCGUCAACCCGUCCAUCAACCGUCCAUCACCCGUCCGUCAACCCGUCCAUCAACCGUCCAUCACCCGUCCGUCAACCCAUCCAUCAACCGUCCAUCACCCGUCCGUCAACCCGUCCAUCAACCGUCCAACACCCGUCCGUCAACCCGUCCAUCAACCGUCCAUCACCCGUCCGUCAACCCGUCCAUCACCCUUCCUUCAACCCACCCAUCACUCGUCCGUCAAACGUCUUUCAACCAAUCAAUCACCCAUCCGUCAACCCAUCCAUCACCCGUCCAUCAACUGUCCGUCCAUCACCCGUCCAUCAUCACAUCCAUCACCCGUCCAUCAACUGUCCGCCCAUCACCCGUCCGUCAACCCAUCCAUCACCCGUCCAUGAACUGUCCGUCCAUCACCCGUCCAACAACUGUCCGUCCAUCACCCGUCCAUCAUCACAUCCAUCACCCGUCCAUCAACUGUCCGUCCAUCACCCGUCCAUCAACUGUCCGUCCAUCACCCGUCCAUCAUCACAUCCAUCACCCGUCCAUCAACUGUCCCUCCAUCACCCGUCCAUCAACCCAUCCAUCACCCGUCCAUCAUCACAUCCAUCACCCGUCCAUCAACUGUCCGCCCAUCACCCGUCCGUCAACCCAUCCAUCACCCGUCCAUCAACAGUCCGUCCAUCACCCGUCCAUCAACACAUCCAUCAACCGUCCAUCAACUGUCCGUCCAUCACCCGUCCGUGUUCCCAUCCAUCACGCGUUCGUCAACCCAUCCAUCACCCGUCCAUCAACCCACCCAUCACCCGUCCAACAACUGUCCGUCCAUCACCCGUCCAUCAACCCAUCCAUCACCCGUCCAUCAACUCAUCCAUCACCCGUCCAACAACUGUCCGUCCAUCACCUGUCCAUCAACCCAUCCAUCACCCGUCCAACAACUGUCCGUCCAUCACCCGUCCGUCAACCCAUCCAACACCCGUCCAUCAACUGUCCGUCCAUCACCCGUCCGUCAACCCAUCCAUCACCCGUCCAUAAACUGUCCGUCAAUCACCCGUCCGUCAACCCAUCCAACACCCGUCCAUCAACUGUCCGUCCAUCACCCGUCCGUCAACCCAUCCAACACCCGUCCAACAACUGUCCGUCCAUCACCCGUCCAUCAACCCAUCCAUCACCCGUCCUUCAACUGUCCGUCCAUCACCCGUCCAUCAACACAUCCAUCAUCCGUCCAUCAACUGUCCGUCCAUCACCCGUCCAUCAACUUCCGUCCAUCACCCGUCCAUCAACUGUCCGUCAACACAUCCAUUGCCCGUCCGUUAUCUCAUCAAUCACCCGCCCAUCACCCAUCCAUCACCCGCCCGUCAGCUCAUCCAUCACCCAUCCAUCACCCGUCCGUCAACGCAUCCACCACCCGUCCUUCACCCAUCCUUCAACGCAUCCAUCACCCAUCCAUCACUCAUCCAUCACCCACCCGUCAGCUCAUUCAUCACCCACCCGUCAGCUCAUUCAUCACCUGCCCGUGAUCUGUAUUGAUGUUGAUAAGGUGAGCCGUAUUGAUGUUGAUAAGGUGAUCCGUAUUGAUGUUGAUAAGGUGAUCCGUAUUGAUGUUGAUAAGGUGAUCAGUAUUGAUAUUGAUUAG